GUGGUCAACGGCUAAGCGAGUCGCGGACGCGAGUCCGCCCGCCUUCGAGGGAACCAGAGAAGUCGCCGCCUCGGUCGAGCCUACCGCCGGAGGACUUGCCAGGUCGGCCCGCUCUUCGUCUUCGUUCCAUUCCAUUCCGAGCCCGGUCCGCUCUCCCCUUCACCGCCGAUCUUGUCCGUAUCCCCACCACCGGCGGCGGCAACCGGUUUCGCGCCGGUGGCGCCGCGCACCCCGCCAUCUUUGAACGGUCCAUCGUAUUCGAGUCGCGGUACGGGGAGGUCGACGGUAACCCCCGCCGGCCCGAUAUUUGCUUAUCGAGGACGAGUUACGAUUAUUAAUACGGAUUUUUAACCCUUUGGACGGGGUGCUGCAGCGUUUUCAUUGUUUUUUAUUCGUCGAGAUUCUUAUCGGUUGAGUAUUUGUGAGCUUCGAUUGGUAACGAACGCGCAGGGAGAGUGAUGCAACGUGAUCCGGCCGGGCUUUGUUAGAUGGCACUGAGGUGAAAGGCCUGCGUGUUCGAACCUGUUCGGACCUGUAUUCAGGAUUUCGUACGUGUCGCGUAUGGUUGAAAAAUUAUCUGAGAUUGCAAAAGUGAAGAAUAUUGACUGUUAAAAUGGCUGUGACGAGCCGAGUAUCUUUUGUAUUCUCGUCCAUUUUGACAGUCCUCCUCUUUUCUGGGAUGCAGAUGUAUAAAGGAUGGCUUACGUCGUCUCAAUUGCAUAUCGUCUUUGGAGGAUACAUCGGCUCGCUACUCUUUAUCUUUGUUUUAACGGCCUUAGGCAAUUUGGAGGCAUCCGUUUUUGGGAAGUCGUUUCAAGCCAAAUUUUUUCCAGAAGUGUUUAUUUCCCUCGUCGUAUCGCUCUUCGCAGCAGGACUGGUUCAUCGAAUUGCUACGACAACGUGUUUCCUCUUCAGUGCGGUAGCUCUGUACUAUGUUAAUCGAAUUUCACAAGAAACUUAUUGCGUUUCGGUACCGACGACUGUAAUACAUUCAAAGAAGAAAAAGUGAGAAAGAUUAUGAACAGUGAAUAGAAUGUUAUAUAAUUCAUAUGAGUUCCAAUGGUUUAUAAAGAGGAACGCAAUUUUUGUAUGGUUUAAAAUAAUGGUGCGAAAGACAUUUUUUAUACAAGUGUGAUUGCACUCGAGAAAGAUAUGUAAUUAUAUCGUCAGUUGUGACUGAUUAUAUUAGGAAAAUAUUUCCAUAAUGGGAAAGAAUAAUAUAUUGUAUUUCGUAGAACCUUUAUUUGGACUUACGGUACAGCUCA